AUGCACUACAAUAUGAGACGACUGUCUGAGCUGUUCAUCGCUUCAAAUGUUUUCAGUUACCAACCAUUUUAUACAAAUAUUAUUGAGAUAACCGAGCUGGAUGAACUGAACCGUAGGUGUCAUAUAAGUAUGGAUAGGGAUAUUCAGGAUAUGAUUAAAUUUGCCAAAAAAUUAAGCGCUUUUAGAAACUUCUGUCCCAACGAUCAGUUGGCGCUCAUUAAGUAUGGCUGUCUCGAGACUAUUAUAUUCCGAUCGACUAUUCUGUAUGACAUUAACACAGAAUACUGGACAUUGGUCCUGUACUCAGACAACCCCACCGCUGGCUUAUUCAAGCUGGAUUUGACAACUAUAGUAUUGCUUAACCCGAAUCGACCUAAUCUUAUGCACAGGGAAGUUGUAAAAGCCGAGCAACAAUUGUAUAUUUAUUUACUACAACGCUAUCUGUAUCUGAGAUACCGAUCGGAUUUGGAGACACAAACAAAACUAUCAAAACUCAUGAAUCCAUUGAAAGAUUUGCAGAUAAUAUGUGACAUCGAGAAGAGAAAUGGACACGAAUUCUAUUUAGAGAAUUUCGGACCUAUUCUUAAGGAAAUUCUUUACGAUAUCACACUUUAA